UUGUGAAUUGAGUACAUAAAAUAGUAAAAAAAAAUAACAAACCUUAGAGUGGCGUUUACCAUUCGAAAUGUAGCGGAGCAUGGGGCUUUUUGCCACAAUGUUCUCCACUGCAAAGAAAUACUUAAACGAUAGAGGGAAUGUGCCUCCUCGGUUUCCUUUCCUGGACCUUGAUGUGGGACCUCUCCGCUAUGGUGUUGUGUGUCUACUCGUCCUAAUUCUGUUACAGUUGUGGUCUCUGCAUCUCCACCGAAAACGUCGAAAGCAGGCAGAGGAUGAAGGCUAUGAAGAAAUUGAUUUGGACCUGUUGAACGAUGCUACAUCUCACACCGUCACCUUGUACAGUAGCUGUGUGGACUGUUUGGAAGAACUGCUAGAGAUGUACUUGUUGGACCAAGAGGAGAACGAACAGGAAUAUUCAGAUACUCUCGUUAAAUGUGGCUCAUUCUAUAGCCGAGAUGAAGGCAGCUCAAGCUGCUGCUGCACAUACGUUAACCCUGAUACCUGCUCUGACAAUGAAAGUGAUUCAUGUUAUUCCCAACAUGUCCAGGGCCCAUGUAACUGCAAGCAACACAAGUCCAUCCACUUGUGUAACAACAGUGCUGGACGAUGCCUUGACGUUCAAAUGGACUCUAAGGAAUCAAACACUGACAGUGAAUCCAUCAUUGACACCUUUACCUCACUGCCAUCCCUCAGUUCCUUAAAGUCCAGCCAAACCUCUCCUGUAUCUGUAAAGUCCAGAUUGAGGGAAACGGAUCACAUCCCACAUGAGGUUUUCUAUAGUAAGCAAGUCUCCACUGACAAACUGACUAAUGAUAUGGGCAUCUCCAAGGUGAACCAGCCACUCUCCCAUUUGAUUGACGGGGACCAGAGUAUGAAGAGGAGUCUCAGGCGGACCUUCAUUCGCAGGCUGUGGAGACGUGCCAUACUGAUGGUGCGGAUCAUUAACAUGUUACUCCCCAAUAGAUUGAAACGUGAGACAAAGCAGCGAAGGCCUGAUGGUGAUGUCACUCUCCACACAGAAAGGCAGGCUCAGCUAGUGUCUGACAGUGCAACAGGGCCAGACCAAGUAGACAGCUUUAUAAUCAGUUUUCAAAGUAAACGUGUCAUGUUUGAACCUAAAGUGAUCCUCACAGCUCCUGAAAUGACUCUCGGAAAAAUUCCAAGAAAUUACAUUACUCAUAAGUCAUGGUGUCCGAAGAUUCCGACACAGGAAAGGAAAGUACCUUCAAAUGUCAUAUUCAGGUCUGUUUUGAUGUGUCCCCUUCCUACUAAAGGUCUUGCCAAUGAAUCUGAACCCCCAAAGUCAAGGUCAUUUGUAGUCUACCAGCUAGGUAAGAAGGUAGCAGAUCUCCUUGAGAUGACUGUCAGGCAAAAUCACCUGCAGCAGCUUCUAGGAGUGUGUACUCUAUACUCUGACUCUCUGGCAAAGCUGGAAGUUGAAAAGGUCUUAUUGGUUUCACGGCCAUCUUUUCUACUGUCUUUCCGAGGUGUAAAUACACCAUUCAUCCCCCAGGAACACAGAGACAAACUGGAGUCUCAUGUCAAACUUAAAGUCAUACAGCACCGCUGGGGUCUUCCUAAGCUUGUUUCUCGCUCAGCUAGAGGCUUUAUGGCGCAAGCCCCCAGGUUAAAACAAGUUGACAAGAUCCACAAUAGAAGAAAUAGUGUAGAGAAUAACUCACAAAUAGAUCAUCUGUCUCAAGUUGCUGACCAACUGUCUGACCAACUGAAUAAGAGUAAAAGCAGUGACCAAGCAACUUCAACAUCCACAGAAGAAACCAAGAAAAUAUUUUUGCCUGAAAUGACAAGAGAUAUGGCUAUUGAUUCUUUUAACGAGGGACAAUCAUGUAAGUUUGACAAAUUGAAAGACGCAAUCUGUCAUGAUUUGAUGAAAGAGCAAUGUACUACUAGUAUAAAGAUGAACCCUGAAACCCCUUUAAAGAGGAACUACUUGGAGAUUACGUUAGCUUCCCCCAAGAGUAAUGUUAAGAAUGUGAUAGAAGUGCUUGAUUCUAUCUCCAGAGUGAAACACAUUCCAUUCAUGAAGAAGGAAACUCUUGACCUAAUUGAGAUUAACUUGAAACAAAAACAUCUGGAAAAUCUAUUGGGACCACAUACCCUCUUUCAUAAAUCCAUGGAUUUAAUCAAACCUGAAGCAUCUCUACUAGAAACUCUACAAGAAACACCAUUGCCAUCCUCAAAGGUACAGUUAGUCAGCUCUGAGACACAUUUUCCCAGUAAAGAGAUCAGAGACAAGCUAGAGUUUCACAUCAAAUGCAAGAAGAUCCAGCAACUCGUGGGCUUGUCUCAGGUAGUCCAAAAGUCUACGAAUGCAGUCUUAUCUAAGGAGUGCAAGACAGACCUUAGCAAGGCUGUCCUUAUGCCACAGUAUGAGAUCAAAGUUAUGACACGUAACUUAGCGUUUCUGACUGAUGCCCAGAAAGAAGCCUUAGAGAAAAAUGUGAGGGAAAAGAAGGCUCACAAGUCCUGGGGUUACUCAAAACAAGUGCUGCAGUCUCUAAGAGCCUUUGAGCUGCCUAGAGGUGUCGCUAAAGACCUGAGGAAGAGAUGUCAACCUUGUGCCGAACCCCAACCCUUUUCAAGGGUUUCAAAGGAGGCCCCCACUGAGAUCAUCAACCUUCAUAACUCCAGUUCAUUAGAUGAAUUCAACCACCCAGAAGCAAGUGAUGGCAAGACCAACCAGAACAACUCAAACAGUUUCUCCAGUUUGACCACUGAUUUGAAUGAGAAACCAGGAUGUUGGAAAGCUUCUUUUGGCCCUGUUAUUCAAAGUUGCUUAGUUUCAGACUCCAUCCUUGACAAUAGGGCAUCCCUACCUCUACCACCAGACGGAUGGUUUGAAAUGGCAGCUAACUAUGUCCACCAUCCAGGGCUGAAAGAAGAGUGAAAAUCCCCACCAGCUGAGUCAAGUCUCAUGUUUUGACAAAAUACAGAUACUCAUUUGCAU